AUGGAACUGGAACAGAGAGAAGGGACCAUGGCAGCGGUGGGCUUCGAGGAGUUCUCGGCACCGCCAGGCUCAGAGUUGGCCCUGCCCCCGCUGUUCGGCGGCCACAUCCUGGAGAGCGAGCUGGAAACCGAGGUGGAGUUCGUGUCCGGUGGCCUGGGCGGCCCGGGGCUGCGGGAGCGGGACGAGGAGGAGGAGGCAGCCCGGGGCAGGCGGCGGCGCCAGCGGGAACUGAACCGCAGGAAGUACCAGGCCCUGGGCAGGCGCUGCAGGGAGAUUGAGCAGGUGAACGAGCGCGUCUUGAACAGACUCCAUCAGGUGGAGAGGAUAACCCGAAGGCUGCAGCAGGAGCGGAGGUUCCUCAUGCGGGUCUUGGACUCCUAUGGGGACGACUACCGUGCCAGCCAGUUCACCAUCCUACUAGAGGAUGAGGGCAGCCAGGGCACUGAUGCCCCCACCCCGGGCAAUGCUGAGAAUGAGUCCCCAGAGAAAGAGGGGCUGUCCCCGCCCAGAAGGACCCCAGGACCCCCUGAGCCCAGCAGCCCAGCCACCGGGGAGGGGUCUGGUGGACGCAAGAGGCGGCGUGCGCCGCGGGACGGGCGACGGGCAGCAGGAACCUCACUGACUCCGGAACUGGCCCCCGUGCAGAUCAAGGUUGAAGACGACUUCGGCUUUGAAGCAGACGAGACCCUGGACUCAAGCUGGGUGUCUCGGGGACCUGACAAACUGCUGCCUUAUCCCACCCUGGCCAGCCCCCCCUUUGACUAAUCCUCCCCAAUAAAC